AUGGCCAGGAAGACAGCGAAGCUAUUUCGAAACAACGGCUUAAGCAGCCUCUGUUCUGAGGAUCAAAUCAAAAUAAUGGACACCAUUGAUAACCUUCGUUCUCAAGGUAUCAAUCAUUAUAUCUCUUUGCCACAAAUCAUUGUUUGUGGUGAUCAAUCAUCUGGGAAAAGCUCGGUUCUCGAGGCUAUUUCGGGCGUGCCUUUUCCUAUCAAGGGAAACCUUUGCACAAGAUUCCCGACUGAAUUGAUCCUUCGGAGAACGCCUGAUGUCGGCGCUCGUGUGAAAAUCGUCCCAUAUCACUCUUCUAGCGAGGCUGAGAGGACAUCUCUAAGCGAAUUCGACCAAGAGCUUGAUGAUUCUGGCGGCCUAACAAAGCUGAUCGAGGAUGCGGGGGCAGCAAUGAGUACUCAUGAAAAUGGCAAGGCCUUCUUCAAACACCUCCUUCGAGUUGAGAUCUCAGGUCCUGAUCGUCCUCACUUGACCAUAGUCGAUUUACCAGGAUUGAUACACUCGGAGACGAAGCAACAAUCGGCUUCCGAUAUUGAAGUGGUACAAAGCACUGUCCAGAGUUAUAUGAAAGAACCACGAAGCAUCAUCCUCGCGGUGAUUUCUGCCAAAAAUGACUACGCAAACCAAAUUGUGCUCAAGCUCGCACGUACUGCUGAUCGUGAUGGUACUCGAACUUUAGGCGUGAUUACAAAACCUGACACUCUUGUCGCAGGCGCCGAAAGCGAAAACCACUAUGCUACUCUUGCAAAGAACCAGGAUGUAAAAUUCUCCCUUGGGUGGCACGUGUUGAAGAAUAUGGAUUCUGAAAUCGGAACUUGGCCGUUAUCACACCGCGACUCUGAGGAAGGGGAGUUUUUUUCCAAAGGCAUCUGGAAAGAGUUUCCUGCAACAUCACUAGGGAUAGGCCAUUUGCGCAAAAGGCUUAGUGAUGUUCUUCUACGCCAAAUUGUAGGCGAAUUGCCAGGGAUGAUUGAGGAAAUUCAAACAGAAUUCGAGAAUUCUACGAAACGACUUGAAGCACUUGGAGAACCGCGGACAAAUUUAGAGCAACAACGGCACUACCUUCUACACAUCAGCCUUCAAUUCCAAAAAAUCUUGAGACUAGCUGUAGAUGGAACAUAUGAUGAUCCAUUCUUUGGUGAUGCCAAGUCUGAAAUUGGUUAUCAAAAACGAUUACGAGCUGUACUCCAGAAUCUUAACCUCAGUUUUGCCAACAAAAUCAAUUAUGAAGGCCAUAGAUACUAUAUUACAGAUAAUGCACCGAAAAAGAAGAAGAAUAAUGACUCCGACGAUGAAAGUAAUACAACGAUAUCAAUCACCAAAGAUCAAUUCAUAAACAAGAUUGAAGAUCUUAUGAAGAGAACAAGAGGUCGUGAGCUACCAGGCUCAUUCAACUCGUUGAUCAUUACUGAUCUAUUCAGAUUGCAAUCAACCCCCUGGGAAGCUAUUACGCAAAACCACAUCAGAGAAGUUCUCUCCAAUACUCGUACGUUCAUCCAAACCCUGAGUUCAAGUAUUGCAGAUUCUUCGACAUCAGAGGCGCUAUUUUCCAGGAUCCUCGAGCCAGCUUUAGACGGGUUGUCGAAAAAUUUACAGUCAAAAGUCGCCGAAUUACUCAAACCUCAUCAACAAGGCCACCCAAUAACUUAUAGCCAAGAUCCUGAUCUGUCAUUAUCGUCUACACGUCGACAACGUCUUGAAAUCGAAUUCAAAAACAUAACUCAGAAAUUCUUUGAUGGUUCUGAUAUCGCCAGUGUUUAUAUGAAUAGUUACCGAGAUUUGCGUCCUCUAAUCACGCAACUGGUGAACGAGGCAGAACCAAACAUGACACGACCUGAAUGCUAUGAUGCUUUAGUUGCAUUAAAACGAUUUGUUGAUGACCUUGCUGUGGAGGCCAUUGAAGAUACACUGGUAUCUCAUCUUCACGCUGUUUUUCCACCUCUAUCUGUUAUAUCCAUGGAUGAUACUCUCGUGACUGAUGUGUCGGGUGAGGCUGAGAGUAAUCGUAGUCAACGUGAGCAAUUAACUAAGAAGUUAGAACUUCUCAAGAAGGGCUUAGAGAUCUGCAAGCAUUUUACCAGUGGAGGAUUUAUGUGA